CGCAAGACAAAAUUCAAAACAAGCAACAUUGCAAAAAUAUAUCAAAGAACCAUAAUAUUUUUAUUGUUUUUAUUGAUUUGGAAGAUUUUAUUUGUAUAUUUUAUGAUAUCAUAGUAAUUUCAGUAUUAUUGGUUAGCAUAUAACUGAUAUUUUUGCAAUGGGAGUCCCGAAAUUUUACAGAUGGCUGAGUGAAAGAUAUGCUUGUUUAAGUCAAGUCGUGAAAGACUAUCAGGCAAGAUGAUUAAGAUUAUAGUUUUAGGUAUUUUAGGCACUUGUUUUUGUUGUGGAAAUAUUUCCGUGCACGAUUAGAUUUUCGAUCUAUUGUUUAUGAUGUUUUGAGAGAAUUAAUUUGCUGUCGUUUGAUGUAUCCACGCGCAGAAAUGCUGAAAUCAGUGAAAUUAUAAUUAUAAUUUAGAACGUAGAACAUUUCCAGCAUAUAUAUAGAACAUUGUGGAAUCGCAUAUAGAAAUCUGAGUGCAGGAGAUAUGUAUUGAUUUGAUCUAGACUUGAUUCUGGUUUCAGAGGUUUGUUUUUUUACAUUUAAACAUAAUUCCCCCCGGAGUUGCUUUGAAAAAUGUAUUGUGAUGUCAGCAUUAUUUUCAAAGGCUGUUUAACUAAAACUAUGUUGUAUGCACAAUUUAGUUAAAAAAGUAUGCCUGAUUAUGACUAGAAGUGACUUCUAAUAUGACUUUAGAAUGAAUUUGAGCAUCUUGGCUAAAGAUCGCCAUUAUUUUACGAUUUCAUUUUCGGGUCAUGAUGGCAGGAUGGUGCAACUUUGACAUCCAACAUGGUGGUAAAAAGCAAGUUUUAGCCAAGUUGUUUAAAUUCUUUUUAAGGUGCCGUCGUAAAUUUUGUGACUGUAUAGCAUACAGGGGUUGGAUAGUAAGAAAUUUGAACCUUUGUUAUUGAUUUUACAGAUUCCUGAAUUUGAUAAUUUGUAUUUGGAUAUGAAUGGCAUCAUUCAUCCAUGUUCACAUCCAAACGAUGAUGAUCCACAUUUUAGAAUCACAGAAGAACAAAUAUUCUCAAAUAUUUUUCAUUAUAUUGAGGUAUACCAUCCUUUGAUACCACAAUAUUGCAAUAGGGUGAGGUGAUUAAUCGAAUAUAUUAACUGAAAAAAAAUUUUUAAAACCAAUUCACCUGACGUUGACCAAGGCAAAAAAUUGAGGAAAAAAACAUGCUUCAUUAGUUCAACAGAAGGCAGACUUUGGCAAAUACUUAUUUUGAUAUAUGUUAUAAAAAUCAGUUUUACUUUCAGUUUUAAAAAUCUUUUUUUUAAAUCAGUUUUACCCCUGAACUGCCUCAUCCUAUGUUGCAAUAGUGAAAUUUUCUGUUGUACAAAAGAAAAACCACUCUUUUGACACUUUGAGAAGUGUACUUUGAGUUUUAAUUUCAAUCUACAUACAGUCUUAUUUUUACCAAAAAUUCCGAACUAAUCAAUAUAUUUUGCAUAUCAAGCAGGGCUCAAAAUAACGGGAGAUAGGGCUCCUGUCAAAGUGACCGGUCAACUUGAUGUAACUCGAUCAAAAUCUGUUUUUGACCGGUCAUUGAUACACUUACACCAACAGUGAAACAAACUAUUAGAAACUUGUUUCGAUACAUCAUAGUUUCACGUUUUAAUUCAAGACUUUGGCAAUCGCAUUGGAAGGUAUGAAAAUGUGGCCGGUCAAAAUGACCAGUGAGGUAAAAACGUGACCAGUCAAGAGGCAUUUUUGGCCGGUCGUUGUCCAUUGAGCGGCCAUUAUUUUGAGCCCUAUAAAGAUUUUUGGAAAGCAAGAAUAUUCAGUAUUUAAAAAACCUAAUAUUUAUCUAUAUUUCUAUAUACCAUGACAGCCUAUUUGAUACAUGGACAAUAUAUAUUUCAAUGUAAAUAUUGUAGCAUUUAUUUAUUGGUUUAUUUGCCUAUUUACUAGGUAUUGUUUAGAAUUAUUAAGCCUCAAAAAGUAUUUUUCAUGGCAGUUGAUGGGGUUGCACCCAGAGCUAAGAUGAACCAACAGAGAAGCAGACGAUUUAGGUAGUAGUUAUUCGCCUUUUAUCUUACUCUGUCCAAAACCUGUUUAUUUUUUUUGUAGAGGGAAAAAUGGUUAAAAUAAGCAAUUAGUAUAAAAUUUAGAACUUAGUUGGUUUUUAAAAUAAACUGCCUUCUUUUUGGUUGUAUUUGCCUGAAAGAAAUAAAGAAAACUAAUUACUUAAUGUUUUGAGCAGUGUCUGAAAUUUAUAUAUUUUCUCGGUAUCCAACUAGGACACCAGCCGAGGAUUCAAAGUUUGCUAUAUCCCCCCGGAGAAUACAGUAUAUCCCACAUGUGGAUACUGGUCACCGGUACCAUAAGUAUUAUACCCCCGUCCCAUUCAAAUAAGUUUCCAUAACUCUCACUGUUACAAAUUACAAUAACAAUAGGAGACUCAAAAUACAAUAAAAUGCACAUAAUGUACUAGUGAUAAUCCUUCAACAAACUUCUGUAUGUUACGGACUUCUGUGUGUUAUAUAUGUAAGACUGGUGGAAAUCUGCUAAAUAAAUAUUCAAAGCUAUCAGAAGCCGAGGUGUUUAUCAUUUUCUUAAUGUUUGAAAUUUCCUUAGUAUCCAGUUGGGGUACAAGUCAUUCACAGUUUGGUAUCCAAAACCAAAAUUUUGGUAUCCUGUGGAUAUCAGGAUACUGCAAAUUUCAGACCCUGUUUUGAGUGAAUCACCUAAGUUAAAUACAGUUACCAAACCAAUGGAGCUCAUGGAGACCCUUUACUCAAACCAUAAAAAAAUAUAAGACCAUGAAUAAUAUGAAAUUUACUUUUAAGAUCUGCCCGAGAAGCAGAGCAAAACAUAAAGAAAGCUUUGCAAAAGGGAGAAACUCUCCCAACUGAAGCAAGAUUUGACUCAAAUUGCAUAACUCCUGGUUAGUAAUUUUUAACUACUGUACUGUAUGUGUAGUUAUAUUUAUCAUUCACCUAUUUUGGUUAUUUUAUCAGCUUGAACUUUAACCCAUUAAGCUGAAGAGCUUCCCCAUUGACAAGUAAAAUUGUCUGGCAUUAGACAAGCAAAAAAUAAGUAGGGCACACUGGGGAACAUUGCAGCUCAAUGGGCAAACUAGAGACAUUGUCAGAUUUUUUGGUUAACCCAUUAAGCUGCCGAGCUUCCCCAUUGACGAGUAAAAUCGUCUGGCGUUAGACAAGUAAAAAAAAUAAAUAGGGUGCAUUGUGGCUCAAUGGGUUAAUUGUUAAUACAUUGGGCACCAGCGCUCUUCUCUUGAUGAGCAGUAAACUUAAAAGUAGUCUGGCGUUAGAGAGUGAGAGUAAAAUGACAAAAUAGGGCAUUUUAGGGCACAAUGCAACUGAUUGUGUUAAAAUCUAUUUUAGGCACAGAGUUUAUGGUGAGGCUGCAUGAACAACUAAAGUAUUUUGUUAACAAGAAAAUAAGCACAGAUCCUGGCUGGCAAGGGUUGAAGAUUUAUCUGUCUGGUCAUGAGGUAACCACAACUGCAAUAUUCCCAAAUAUGUUGGCAAUUUAUUUCACAUCAACAAUAUCUCAAACGUGAGAGUCCAAUGUACUAUAGGCUGUAUUCUACAAUAAUUAGCUUCCAAGAUUUGUAUCUCAACUCCCUUAGCCACAUGGGCAAAUUUCCAAUAGAAAGUCCAAUUGGAAUUGCAAUUGAAUUUUUUUUAAGGGAAGAUUUGUAAGUACAGAUUUUGGACACAUUUAACCCCUUGAAUGCCAGCGCUCUCUCCUUGGCGCGUAAAAUUGUCUGCCAGAGUAAGAUAAUAAGCUAGGGCUCAUGCAAAUGCAACUUAAUGGGGUUAAACCUUAAACAUUAAGUUUGGCAUAUCUUACAGACACCUGGCGAAGGUGAGCACAAAAUUAUGGACUUCAUUAGAUAUGAAAGAUCACAACCUGGUUAUGAUUCAAACACGAGACACUGUUUGUAUGGCCUUGAUGCAGACUUGGUGAGUGAAUAGACAACUUCAUCCUAAUCUUGUUUGUUUUACAAGAGAAAUGAGAAGAAAAACCUUUUCUUUUUUAGAUAAUGCUCGGUUUAACAAGCCAUGAUCCCCAUUUUUCACUACUGCGAGAAGAAGUUAGAUUUGGUAAAAAAGUGAAAAGGUAUAGAAGUUUGUGUGCUGUCUGCUAAUGUAUCAUUUUGUAUGCAUAGUUAGUACAAAAUGCGCAAUAUACCUAGAUUUUGUAUGUAUGGUACAAAGUGCAAAUACAAAGUGCAAAUGAGUAGAGAAUGCAGCACCAUUCUGCACUAAAACGAAAUCUUGUUGUGUGUUUUUUUUUUCUUUUAGAAUAAAUAAUCCUGAAGAUAUAACCUUUCAUCUUUUACAUCUGUCCUUGUUGAGAGAAUAUAUUGAUUGGGAAUUUGAAUCUUUGAAGGUAUUAAUAGAAUGUCAAACUAUUUCCGUUUCUAUGUUGAAAGUGAUGACCACCAUUUAUCAUCAUGAAAUUAAGUUGACAACUUUCCUUGUGCAUUGUGGUGUUCACAAUGGUUUGUGUACUACUCUUGAAGGCCUUAAUAAUGUACUUUUUUUAUUUUGCAGCAGACAAUCUCUUUUGGCUAUGACUUGGAGAAGAUUAUUGAUGACUGGAUAUUGAUGGGUUUUCUUGUGGGGAAUGAUUUUAUUCCCAAUCUCCCAAACUUACAUAUUAACCAUGUAAUGUGAAAUGAUAAUAAAUAAAGUAUAUAUAACAGUUUAAUAAAGUUUUAACUUCAUUAAUACAUGUUAAAUUAUAUUCUAUACAGUGUACCACAAAGGGCAUGAAUCUAGACUUAGCUUAUAUGAGAUAUCAUUUGUGAUUGUUUUGUUGACUUUAUAGGAUGCUUUACCAUAUCUCUGGAAAGUAUACAAGGAUAUCAUGCCUUCCCUUGAUGGUAUGUUUACUGCUGAUUGUAUGAUAGUUUUUGGGACUGUACAGUCUGUACAUGUAACUCCCCAUAUCCUUCAAACUUCAUUCAGAAUUAUUAUGUGCCCAUUACUAACCCACGACAUUCUUAUUUUCUUCAAACCCAAAGCCGGGAGUACCACUCAUACUGUAUGCAAUGUAUUUGAAAUUUUCCAUAUUUGAAUUCUUCUAGGUUAUCUCCAUGAUGGUGGCACACUCAGUUUGCAGCGUUUUGAAAAUUACCUCACUACCCUGGCAAAGGUGAUUAAACUGUGCUUUUGUACCACAAUAUAUCUCAUGUAUUUGUAUCUAUAUAAUUAUACUGUUUGGUGGGGUUUUUUUUCAGUUUGAUCUUGAAAAGUUUGAAGAGAAGUAUGUAGACUUGAAAUGGUUAGAAAGCAAAAUGGCACAGUCAGAAGAACCGGUAUUUAUGAAUUUUAUUUCACCAUUCCAGUGUAGGUAGUACUAUUCUAAUCUGUUGAGAUUUGGUUCAAACUGUCUGACAAAAAAACUAUAUCUGGGUUUCCUAUUUCUUGUUGCAACAGACAGCAUCACAGAUGACACAAACAUGUGUUAAAUGCGACCUGUAUCAGCUUACAGGCUGCACUUUAUAUAGCUAGAACAAAACUACCUGUAAUGUUACAAACUUAUGUGAAAAAUUGCUCCAAACCUUUCACAAACUUCGGAUAAAAAGAUUAUAGGGUUGGUUAUUUCAGUGGCCAAAACCUAAAUAGGGUCGGGAAACCAGAACCCAGUUUUUUUGCCUUGGUACCGGUACAUGGUAACAAAUCUCAAAUAACAGACAGUUUUCAUUCUGGGCAUCCAUAGUGCAUUUUUAAGGACGAGCAACAUGCAUAAUACCGACCCUAACAUCAUGAGCCUCCCGCCAUAGAUCUGUGGUAGGGUGGAAUGCUACGCUUCUGGCAAAAGUAACAUUUGAUGGAGGUUCGGAAACAUUUGGCGGACGUAAAGCUAAUUCUGUCUGGUGGGAGCCUUUGAUUUGGAGAAACACGAGAAAUUUUACAAAACAAUGGCCCACCGUUGGCAAGUAAAGGUUUGUUCAACGAAUUACGAAAUGGUGGAGCAUCCAUACCCGCAUCUGGCGAAAGAAAUUUUCUCACCAAAAAUGCUGGCGGAAAAAUGUGGCAGACAUUUAUAUACUGGUUCCGCCGUAACUACCUGAAAAAAAAUGAAGAAAAAUUCAAAGGUCUGUGCACAAAAUAGAACAAUAAAUAUUUCAUUUCUGUUUUGUUUACUGUUUAGGAGUCAUCAGAGAUGUCAGACGUGGAUGGUAGUGUACAGUCAACAUCAAGUGAACUGUCAAAUAUGUCAUUAAACUCUGACAAGAAGGAAGGUGAGAAGUUGACGGAAAAUCUUCAAGAGAAAGGAGACUUAGGCGAUGUACAAUCAACAUCAAGUGAACUAUCAAAUACUUCAUUAAACUCUGACAAGAAGAAAGGUGGCAAGUUGUUGGAAUAUCUUGAAGAGAAAGGAAAAUUAGAUGAUGAAGAGGAUGAUGGAGAUUUUAGUGAAGAACAUGAGAAAUAUAAAUUACGAUAUUAUAGAGAAAAGUUUAAAAUUGAAGAGGAUGACAGGUAACUACCCGUCGUAGGCCUGGAUCUUAACUGACAGACAAAUUUGGCUAACAUUUGUUUAUGCCAACUUUAGAUAACUCGCAUGCCUAAUAGACAAUUCCCAUUAUAGACUAAUUUUAAAACUAUAGGCAAAGAAAUGCAAAUACAUCACCACAGCUAGAAAGAGCAUACUAAAAUGAGUAAAAUUGCAAAGUUUGGUUGCGAAAUGUUGUAAAAUGCGGAAAAUAUAGCCUUGCAAAUUUUGUAUACUUUUGUAUUGCGUGCGGAAAUUGCUACCAUUUUCGGCCCAAAUGUGUUUGGGCCGAAAAUGGUAGCAAUUUCCGCAUGCAAUACAAAAGUAUACAAAAUUUGCAAACUUCUUUGCAAGGCUAUAUUUUAGAGGGACUCGGGGGGGGUCUGGGGACAUGAUUUUUAUUUUGUAUUUCACAUUUAAUUCUAUAGCUGUCAAGAACUUGUCAAACAGUUGUGUUUUAAGUAUGUGGAAGCUAUUCAAUGGAUACUGCAUUAUUACUUCAAUGGCAUUUCAUCAUGGGGAUGGUAAGUUUAUACAUAGUACUAUUUAUAUCGAGUGUAAAUUCCCAAAAUCCUAGAAUUAAAUCGUCUUUUCCAGGUUUUAUCCAUUCCAUUAUGCGCCCUAUGUAUCAGACAUUAAAGAUUUUCAAGAUCAUCCUCUCUCAUUUAACAUGGGCAAAGCAUUCCUUCCGUUUGAGCAACUCCUUGCUGUGCUUCCUGCUGCCAGUAAGACGUUAUUACCAGAACCAUUUCAGAGUCUGAUGAUCAUGGAGCAUUCACCAAUCAUCGAUUAUUAUCCACCUGAGUUUGAGACUGACCUGAAUGGCAAGAGACAGGAUUGGGAAGCUGUUGUUUUAAUCCCGUUUAUCGAUGAGGUUUGUCAUUUAUUAAAGACACAGUUCAACCUUUUGAAUGACGGGUUUUAAGGCGCAUUACAAUUAAUUGAAAAGCUAACUAGGAAAUCAAUUAAGCAUAAUUCAAGAUCAGUGAUCUCAUUGUUUUUAACAUCUUUUAACAUUCUUAAUGAUGAAAAUAUUGAGUUCACUCAUCUUGAAUUAUGCAUAAUUGAUUUUCCUAGUUUGUUUUUUUUUCAAUUGAAAGGGUAGUAAUGCGCCGUAAAACCGCCAUCACUCAAAAUGCUGACUGCACAGUUCAGUCUUUUGAAUGAUGGUUUUUAAGGCGCAUUUCAACCCUUUUAAUUGAAAAACUAACUAGGAAAAUCAAUUAUGCAUAAUUCAAGAUCAGUAAACUCAAUGUUUUUAACAAUAAAAAUGUUUUUAAAUGUUAAAAACUCUAAGUUUGCUGAUCUUGAUCUCGCCACAGCUGGGGUUUUUUUCAGAGGCGCCGGAAUAUCGAUAAUUGCGGGGGCAGAUAUUCAUAUAUUCGUGUUCACAGACUGUAAAAACAAUCGGUUUCAAAAGAAAUUAAUCGGGCAAAACACGAAUAUAUGAAUAUCUAACCCACCAUCGAUGAACCCGGCGCCUGCUCUUUAUACCCAAAGUUUUAUUCAGUACCCGCAUUUCCAUUAUUUAGACAAGAUUACUGGAUGCAAUGGAAGCCUUGUAUCCUAGGUUAAAGAAAAGUGAGAAAGAUCGUAACAGACACACUCCAUGUUUACUCUAUACUCAUGAUCCUGAGAAAUCUGAACAUUAUCCCUCUUCACUGCCUGGUUCAUUUCCUGAUUUGGAAUGUUGUCGUGCGAGGUAUGAUCGUAGUGAUCCUUUGGACUUUUGCUGAAAACAACAACAACAACAACAACAAUAGUUUAUUAACACUCAAAAAGAUACAAAUGCAUUCUGUUAUAGAUAAAAAAAUUACAAAUGAGAGUGAAGGCCACCUGUGAUAACCAUAAGGGCUAAAACAGCGUUUAGUUAUUUGUUUGUUUUUCUAACGGUGCGCCACUGCCACGUUGGAUAACAGUGGCAGACACUAGGGAGCGCCCUGUCCAGCCGCCUCCCCCCGCCCAAUAUUUUCUGAAAGCCUUUGAAAAAAAAACUUUAAAGAACAAAGAUUUCAAAUGACAAAAGUUGGUUGUAGGUUGGCAACUUAACCCCCCCCCCCCUCUCGUCCCCUUACCCAGUGCUGGGUAACCUAUGGCUAUGAGGGUUUGGUCGAUCAGCCACUCAAACAGACAGACAGACAUUGACUUAAAGUUUGUUUUUCUUUUAGUUGCGAAACGGUUCCCAUUGACAAAUACCGCCUUUCUAGAGUUGAAAUAGUCAAAGGUCAGUGUGCAAGUAUUUUUAGAGAUAAAAAUUAUUUUAACCCUUUAAGUGCCAUUGCGUCCUAAUGAGCGCCACUUAGUUAUUGAAUUAUGGGUUGAAUAACAAUUUCUGAUGCUGGUACUCGUUCUUUUAUUUUUAGGGUUGCUGCCAGAUGUCAAAAUAGACGUGUAUUUUCCUGGUUUUCCCACCUUGAAACAUAUUUCACAUUCAGUGAGUAGAUUCUCGUUGUGCAAGAACAAACCAUCCGUUAACUAUAUCACAGCAAAAAAUCAUUUUCUUAUUAAGAAAAUAAUUCUUAAUUUAAGAAAAUAUUUCUUUAAAUGAGAAGCUAAUUUUCUUAAAAAUGAAAAACGAUUCUUAAAAUAAGAAAUAUUUUAUUUGCAAGACAUUUUUUCUUGAAAUAAGAAACAUAACUUAGAUUAUAUUUGUUUUCUUAAGAUAAGAAUAUGUUUUCUUACGAUUUCUUCAUCUUCAUAUCAAAUCAUUUUCCUAAGAAAAUAUGAUUUUCUUGUUUUACGAAAUAGUUUCUUAAUUAAAACAAGAAGUCAAAUUCUUAACAUAAGAAAAAUGGUUAAUAAGAAAUUAUUUCUUAAAUUUUCUCGAAGAAAGAAAGUUUAAAAUUUGUUAAAAUUUAACUACAGGAACUAGGAAUGGCAUUCUAUUCUGGGACCGUUGUAUCAAGCCCGUUUAGCUUAAGAAUAUGUAGUUAUGAACAUUAUAGGUUGAAAUGUAUUACAGCAUGUAUUUAACAUAGCUGUUUUAAUUUAUUUCAGGGUGAACUGAAGAAAAUUGGUGUUAAAGUUUUUCAAAUGCACAGUCGUGGUGAAAGUAUGGUUUUAAAAAUUGAUGAAACAGAUGAACUUGUGAGUAGAGAUUCAGAAUCAUCUUCAGAGAUAUGAAAACUAUCGUUUUGUAAGCACAAAUAUUCAUGCUUUUCUAGCUGUUACUGGUUAUGGACAGCAGAUAAUGUUUAACUUCUGAGCCAUAAGCAAACUAAACAUUCCAACCAACAUAACGAAGCAUGUUCUGUGUAUCGUUUUUAGGAUGUGAAGGAGAUUUCAGAUUCGUUGUUAGGCAGGCCAUGUUAUGUUGGUUGGCCUCAUUUGGUCGAAGCUUUCGUCACUACCGUUAGCGAUGGCAGUAAAAAGUAAGUGUAUCGAAGGGUUUUAUAGAGAAUUUAUUUACGAGUUUACAUCCUCCGUUGCAAAACUUCGAAAGUAUUUAAGUUCUGCUUGUGUUUUUCAGAUACACGCAUUAAAACGCACACGUUGUAACAAAUUUAGCUUAAGCACAUCUUUGGCAAUCAACUUUUGUUCUUGUAAUUUAGAUAUCUGAUUGCAAAAGAUUCGCCUGAGAAUGUCGUAGAAGUGACGCUCACUGAAAGCGAUGCAUCUGUUUGGAAGAAAACAGUUUCUUGUGAAAAACAGUCGUACGUCUCUGCUAUUAGUCUUACUGUAUACAGUAUGUUGUUGGUGAAACAUUUUACAGGGAUAUAGCAACAAACAUUUGCUAGUCACUUGAAAGAACUAUUAAAAUUAUGGGGUGAACCUUUUAUAAGUUCACACUACAAUAUCGACUGUACAUGCUUAUUUCCUGUAUACUUUUGCAGACAUCUUGAGAAGAAAGCAGUUGACAUUGGGAUGACUCACAUUUUAAUCGAGGCUUGUCAAAUACAGGGAAAAAAGUAUGUCAACGUUUUAAUCGUUCUAAAAUUAUAAAUCUUUUUACAUGAUGUAAUUUUUAUUUCUGAUUUCGUUUUAAUUUAUUUCUAAUUGCAUCCUACAGCUUCUUUUGAUUUCUUUCUAUAUCGAUCAGAUAUGUCUGCGGUGCUAAAGGAGAUGUAUGCUUGGAAAAGAAGUGGUCUGACUGGGCUGUAGCUUAUCCACUUCAAGUAACUGUCAAGGUAGAUCAUUGCUUAUAGUUACGCCCCCCGCGCCAAAGAACCUUCUUCCUCCAAAUAUGACUGGAAUAAAUAACUUUCCGGGGGAGCUUGAUUUUGUGUACUUCAUUAAUUGGCCAUCAUUUCUCGCAGAAUAUCAGCGUGUGCGAUGAAACCGAUGCUGGAGCUCAAUGUACAACGGUCUCAGAUCUAUUUCCUGUUGGAACAGAAUGUUUUAUGAUGGCAAUCCCUCAUUACGGGUCAUCAGGCAAGGUAGGUUCUAGGUUUUUAGACUUGCUUCACCUGAUAUGAACGUUUCAUGCCGGGUUUCAUACUCUGCAAAGCAUAACUUUCUGUAUUCAUGUCAGAUGCGGUUAGCACAUAUUGAACCUUACCGGUUAGUUGAAGUCGAUUUUGUCCUCCUGACGGAUGUGACUGAAUGAGUGACAUUCAAAAGACUCAGAAACGUAUCUGCUUCCAAACGCGAUGUCAUACUUUUGGAUCGAAUUUACUCAUUCGCAUCGGUCAGGAAGGGAAAUUCGCCGACAGUGUGAAGCAGUCUUAAGCAUGCUACAAACUCAGUAAUGCAAGGGUAUAGGGGAUUUACUUAGAGUUAUGACACAGCUGAUUCUCUCCUGUGCUUCAGGGUUUUUUUUCCAGGUCCUUCGGUUUUCCUUCUUUCACCAUAAACUUAAACCUUCAAACCUUAGUUGUCAUGCUUGUAUGUCAUGAACCUCUGGUGAAUUGGGCCAUCAUUUCUCAUAUAAGUUAACUCAGAAUCAAUUGGUAUAUUUAAAAGACAAUAUUCAAUAUUUCUCCUAUCCGAACAAAUUUAGAAAAAUGACAAAUUAAUAUAGUUUGUAAAUAGUCUUGAUUAUAUAUUAUGUAUUGUAAUGUGUGUUAUUUAGAGACACAAUUUGUUUCUUUUGGCUUAUCUCAUUUAGUUAAUAUCAUGAAAUAGUAGACAGUGGUCAAGUAGAAAGCUAUGCUCCUUUGACCACUGUGUAUUGAUUUUAUCUUUUUCUUUUCGUUCUAUUACUGUAUCUAUUCCAUAACCGCUUGUAAUUAAUCUAAUGAAAUAGUGCCAUUAAAGAAUCUUGAAUCUUGAAAUCUUGGGCAACCACACCCUGUGUAAUCGACAAUAAAGAACUCAUCACAUCUUAAAUAUUCCUUGCAGGUUAUUGAAGUUGAUUCAAAGACAAACCGAGUGAGAGUUCAACUGACUGUCGUGCCAGAACCAGAUCUGGUGUCCUUGAUCUUGGACAAAGAUGACUACGCCGAGAACUACAUACCCGCGCAUAUUAUGGCCAAGAGACUGGGGUUGACAUCACAAGCACUGGGCCAGAUCACUGGAAAGGUUUUUCUUGCUACUGGCGACAAAGACACGUAAGGACUUUAUAUUGACAUAGGAAAAUACUAUUUCAUAUUUAGGACAAUACUUUUUCUUCGAUAUGCUGAGAUAAUAUAUAAUUAUGAAUUUAUAGUAAAAAUUGUUUAAUUAUAUUUUAGUUCCAGUAAAGUUGACAUUGGUUUGAAUUUGAAAUUUUCCAAGCAGGAUAAGGAGGUAGACAAUCCUAGCACAUUUUACUUGCAUGAAAUAUAUUGAAUUAAACUUUUAUUAAUUUGAUUGAUUUUGUGUGAAAAUUAUUUUGUCAGGUGUUGGGAUACGCUCGUAGGAACGGAGGAAGUUGGAGUUAUUCACCAAAAACUGAGCGAACAAUUUCAAUGUACCAAGAGAAGUACGGCGUUCUUCUUUAUUUUUCUCGCUGUUCUUCAUUCCUUCCAUCCAGGGUGUUAGCCAGAAGUAAAAAAAUCUGCGUUUACCUGAAAUUGGGAAAUUUAUUUUAGCCCGAAGCCGGGCAUUUCUUUGCGGGUCUGGGGGCAUGCGGUUGCCCUCUCGAUUUUUAAAAUUUUUGUGUCUUUGAAAUGGCAUUUCCCACAUUUUGGGAGUAAUUUUGAGCAAAUGUAGUUAUAAACAUGUUUUUAAUAUCGUAUUAACAACAUUGAAUUUCUAUAACUAUUUUUUGGCUGACCCAAAUUGGGAAAUUGCGACCUCAAGGUAAUUGGGAAAUCGGCGUUUAUCGCGGAAUUUUUGACUGUAGCUAACACCCUGCCAUCGUAUCUUAGUUUCCAGUCUUUCCAACAUCAUCCAUUUGUUUUUCCUCCAUACCUUUCUUCCAUAAUCCUACUCUUCUAUUAUUUUUUCAAUUCUUUCUUUUAUACCCUUUCCCAGAUCAUUUCUUUUUUUUCCUGAUUUCCUUCAUCGCAUCUUCCUCAAUUCUCUCCAUUCCUGUUGCUCUAUUUUUUCAUUUCUUCCUUUUCCUUUGAAAACUGAAGUCUUUCUAAUGUUUUUCCAUCCUUUAUUUCCCUCUAUUCUAAUCUUCCUUUAUCCUUGCUCUUCAUUCCUGUUUUCCAGUUCUUUCAUUUCUUUCUUUCUUUCUCCAUCCAUUUCACUCCAUCUGUUCAUUCUAUAUUUAAAUAUUUUUUCCCCUAGAUUUCCCCAGGUCUUCGAUAUUUUGUCAAAUAAUUCGACCGAAGUACGUAAAGUGUCGGACGUGUUUCCUGAUAAUAAAAAGUAUGUAGAAGCUGAACUAACUUGUUUUAUACUGGAUAGCUCUAUCACUUCUAAACUGUUUUCUCUUGAGGUCCUGUAAGAGCCAUCUCUUAUUGGUCGAGUUUUAUCUAUCUAUACUAGAUAGCUCUAUCAGGUCGAUACCGUUCUCUCUUGAGGUCCAAUAAGGCCCGUACCUAAUUAUUCCAGUGUUACUACAUGAGAAGCAGGGAGAGCUGUAGUGUUUGGUAAAAUCAAACUGAUAGCACUCUUCUCAUACGAAGUUAGUUAGAAAAUUGCACAUUACCGAAAUCAAACCCCAACUUGCUUAAGAUCAAUAUACAUUAUUUUCACGCAGUUCUAAAGCGCUUGCUGAAGUAGAGAAAUGGUUAAAAACUCUCCCCAGUCACAAUCAGAAAGCUGUUAGCUGUGGUAGUUCAACUCUGGAUGAACCACUUGUAAAACAAAUUGAAGAAACUGUUGAAAAAUUGAAGGUGAGAAAUAUUCUUAAUGUAGCUAACUUAUGGGUUGUGUCACGAAGCAUUACAGGUAGACGAUUCAUUUGACAGCACUUCCUUGCGAUAUGUACAUGUAGUUUUGAGCUUUUAUACAAGGCCGGAUUUUGGUGGAAAUAGUGGGGGAGGUGGACAAGAAUUUAGGGGAGGUGCAGCGGUCUAGCUCACGACUGCCAUGAAAAUGAAACCUCGGGCUUAGAAUGGGCCAAAGUCAACGACGUGACGUAUGCAUGUAGUGUACAUACGUAUCAGUGUAUUAAUUAAUUAUGACUGUACAACUCAUCCAAUUUUACCCUUCAUUACAAUUACUGCAAAGUUUCUUUCAAAACAUUGCAUUAAAAGGGUACUUGAGACGAAGAUGAAUGGCUAUCUGUUUCAAUUUUACAGAAGAACGUUCUUAUGAAGUGUACAUACUAAGACCCUAAGCAACCAAAAAAAUGCCUCUCUUUGAUCUGUCAUUGAAACUUCCCCAAGGGGAGGUGCAUGCACUGCAAAAAAUGAAGUACUUGGCAAGAUUUUUUUUCCUAAUUUAAGAUAAUUAUUCUUAUAUCAAGAUUAUAUUUCUUGUUUUAAGAAUAGUUAUCUUGGUUUAAGAAAUUAUUUCUAGGUUGAGAAACAUGUAAAAUUAGUUUUUCUUAAAUGAAGAUAUUAUUUCUUGACGCAAGGCUUUGUUUCUUGUUUCAAGAUUUAAAACUUAAUUUCAAGAAAAUUUAACUUGGUAUAAAGUGGUUAGAAAGGUUAUAUCAUUACCUGAAGAUUAUUUAUCUUGUCUUUAGAAAAAUAAUCUUAGGUUUGAGAAAAAUUAUCUUUUAAGUUUUCUUGUUUCAAAAAUCUUAAUAAGAUUUAUAUUUAUCUUGGUAAGAUUAAUACUAAUCUUGCUAAGAUUUUUAGUAAGAUUCGUUUCAUUUUUGUAAGAUUAUUUUUCUUUUAUCAAGAAUAAUUUUCUAGCCAAGAAAUAUUUUCCUAUGUAUGGGACAAAAAGAAAAAUUAUCUUAAAUCAAUUUUCUUGGUAAGAUUAAAUUUCUCAAAUCAAGAAAAUUUUUCUCGAUCAAGAAAAUCUUAUCUAGAAAAAUUUUCUUAUGUAUGGGACAAGAUAAUUCUGCUUAAAUUAAGAAAUUUUUGCUCAAAACAAGUUUUUUUUUCUUAAAAUAAGCUUUUCAUUUUUUGCAGUGUGACUUUUCAGGGGAGUUGCAAAACGAUCUCAUGGGCGGUGCGCACCUCCCCUAAAAAUCCGGCCAUGCUUUUAUAUCUAUUUGUCUUUAGGAAGAGAAACGGAACAGAAAAAAUGUGAAAGUCAGAGUAAAACCUACCGUUUUGUACCGAGUAAGUUUGUCGUUGCAUCCAAGGUUUAUUUUAAUGAUGUGCAUAAUAGAAUAAUGACAAGAUAUACGAAAAACUAUAUAGAUCCAUUUGUCUUCUUGUUACAUGACAGAAGUAUUCUUAUUUUUAGCCAAUGAAACAACUUGGACAAGUGCCUCCUGACCCGGAUGCAGAUUUUGAACUUUUUGAUCGUGUAGUAAAUGUCCGUACCUUGGGUGUUGCUCCGUACGCUUUGAAAGGGACUAUUGUUGGCAUUCAUCAAGGUACUCUCGGAUUAUUCAGAGAUUUUUGUUUUGAUUGACUAAAACUAAACUCAAGAGUUCUAAACUAUUUAUCCUAGAGGUUUAGCGAGGGCAUUCUCUACACACGUAAAAACGCACAAGUUGUAACAAACCUGCAGCAGACUUGUAGCAAUGCUGUUCCAACAAUUUAUCAACAGGAUGUGUUCGCACUGCUUGUUCCCAGCUUGUUGACAACUUGUCAACUGGGUUUUCACUUGUUUCCAUUUACCAAACUGACAUUACGUAAUUUGAUCAAUUUCUAAAGUUGUUUCUUUCUGGAUUUUUUUAUUAAUUUAGUUAGGGUUAGAGUUAGGGUUGCGGUUAGGGGUAUGGGUUAGAGUAGGGGUAGGGUUUGGGUUAGUUACAUAGCCAUUUAACACUUCUUCAACGUCAGUUUCACAGAUGGAAACUAGUGCAACUCUUUGUCGGUAACUUGCUACAAGCUUGUUACAACUACAUUUUUACGUUCAGGUAAAUCAGAAAAUGAUCUAGUAAGUUAUGAAGUUCUCUUUGACGAACCUUUCAUGGGAGGCCAGUCAUUAAGGUGAGAGGGUGACAAGUUUAAUGAAGUCGCAUUGACUGUCGUGCUUAGUUUUACAUCAGAAUCUGGAUUGGGAUGAGGAUUAUGAUUGGCGUUAUAAAAUUGCAUGAGCUAAGGAUUAAAGGCACAGUUCAACCUUUUGAAUGAUUGUUUUAUGGUUUUUAAGGCGUAUUUCAGUCCUUUUAAUUGAAAAACUAACCAGGAAAAUCAAUUAAGCAUAAUUCAAGAUCAGCAAACUUAAUGUUUUUACCACUUUAAAACAUUUUUAUUGUUAAAAACAUUGAGUUUACUGAUCCUGAAUUAUGCGUAAUUGAUUUUCCUAGUUUUUUCAAUUAUAAAAGGGCCGAAAUGCGCUUUAAAAACCAUCCUUCAAAAGGCUGAACUGUGCCUUUUAUAAGGCCAGUCUACACGAUGCAAUUGUCAUUCUGGCGUAUGAAAAUUAUUCCUCUUUUUUUAGUUUUUGGUAAAAUUUCUUUACGUGUGUUUAUUUACAUAUGCCGGAAUAUGAAUCGUAUACAACUAAUUGUUAUCGCGUAGAUUGGCCUUCAGGAAUAUAUUUAAAUAGUAUAUUUGCCAACAUAGCAACUGGCAAUUGACCUGAAUUCUCAAACUUGCACUUUCUAGAGGUUCAAGUGCGUUUGAAAACAAGCUGUAUGUGAUGCCAGGAUGGUCCUUAUUAAAUCUUUCCCACGGUAUUCGCUUGGAAUGUAAGAAGAAAGGUCUUCCCUCACCGCUUGUGCAAGCUCAACAAAAACGUCAACAACCGCAACCAUCCGGGCAUCACAACAAGGGCGUGCCCGCUGACUACAAGCCCAGUAACAGAGGAGGCGCAUAUCAUAGAGAUUUUUACUCCGCUUCGCAAACUCCCCCAGCGAAUACCAAUGCGAGUCCAAACGGUCGUUCUCCGAACAGCAGCGAACACUAUUCAAGUCCACGGCAUCGUUUCGCCAGCCCAGAAUUCAACUCCCCCGGUCAACGUCCUCACUUUUCUCCGCGAUGGGACACCCCCCGGUGAGUCCCUAUUCUAUGAUGUUACGCUUGAGACUAUGGUAUUUGUCACGUGUGUCGACUUACUGAAACGCAUCCAUUUGUUUCCAGCUAUUUUGGCACCGAGAUUUCUUAUCUUUUUCCUUUUUGUUUUAUUUUCUAUUAUAUUAACCAUGUCAUGCCUAUUUUUCAGCAACCAUUCUGGAUAUAGGCCAUUAAACUCUCAGGUGUGUUAUUUUUAUGGUGAAGCAGGAACGUUUAUUAAGUCUUCAUGUCUUAAAAGUGUCCUCAAUUAGUUUUAAAUAGCUCUAAGACAUUGACACUUAUUGUCGAUUUUCAAGUCGCUUUUCAACACGCGGUUCCCAAGUUCGUUCGAAUAUUGGGCGUGAACUUGGCAACAAAGUUCGCAAGUACAUUUCACUCUUUGAACUUCUAUACUGUAAACAAAUGUUCAUAGUUCAAGUUGAAAUUAACAAUUCAAUGCCAAUGGAAAGUUCUUGGUCCAGUGGUCUACCAAGAAGGUUUGUAUUUCAGUGAAUUGGUUAUUAUUAUUGAGUAUGAACAUUUGUUUACAAACAAACUUAACAAAGUUCAAACAUUGAAAUGUACUUGCGAACUUUGUUUCGAAGUUCGCGUCCAAUUUCCGAAUUUGGAAACGUAAUUGCCAAGUUCGCAACGAACUUGGGACUCGCGCGUUGAAAAGUGACUUGAAAUCGACAAUAAGUAAAGUAGUUAUUCAUUCAUGAGAAUGACUUCUCACGUUGUGUAUGUUUCAGGUUUCUCCACGAGAUUCAAGUCGUUUUUAUACACCUCCACGCCACUCGCCUGGUAGGUACUCUGACAGGAAGACUUACAAUAUCGUGGUUUAAGUACUACUUAAAACACGGGCAGGAGUGCUCUAUCAAAUAUAAAGGCGUCAGACGAGUGUCUUAUAUCUGGUAUAGCACGGACUGCGAGUGUUCUGAAUGGCUUUAUCCAUAUCUUAUGAGUUCAUUGCAUAGAUAUCUUAUAUACACUAGAUAGCGCAUCUCUUUUAGUAAAAUUGAAGCCAACAGUAUUCCAGCGGUUACCCCCAUUUGAAUAGAUGGCGGCCAUGUUGGAGUUUCCCACUCGCUAAUAAACGCUUAAAAAACAACAAUAACUUUCAUCAUUUGAAUAGUUUGAAAACGUAUUUGGAAUAGGUUUAACUUAAUGUUUAAGUUCCCUGUUUAAGAAAUAGACAACAUACGAGUCUUCUCAUUUCAUGGGAAUAUCCUGAGUCUGCAAUCACGGCUUCAAUUUUUGAAUUUCAGAAUAAUUAGAUGCACUAUCUAGUGAAUAUAAGAUAUCUAUGGUUCAUUGACGAAGUAAUUUUAAAAAUCAUCGUUGUCUAAGUCGAGGAAAUCAAAGCUAAAGUUUAUGUAAAUUUAUCACAUAUAAAACCGCCAACAUGGCAGUGAUUUCCAUUGUCUUUUCUUCAUGAAUUAUUGGUGAGUUUUUUUAAUAUAAUUUAGUUUCCAUCAUUAGCGUCCCUCUGUCUGACUGAUCAGGAUUUUUUUACAGAUUCUAGACAGACGAUGAACACUAGCGAACAAUUGUCUGCUCAGGUAAAUAUAUUCGAAUUUAAUAUCGUUUGUGUUUUUUGAUGGUUGUUUUUCACGUGUCAUUCUUACUUUCAGGAAAGUGAACGUGUUAUUCGCCAGCUACUUCACUUGGAUGGGUCACCUGGAUCAAACCCGAAUCUCAAUUUCCCUCACGCCACGUUUAAUGCACCUGGUAAAACUUAUAGUCACUUAUGUUCAGUAUGUGUAUGUACUAUUUAAA